AUGGAGGCCAAAUCAUCACUCAAAGUUGAUAUUUCUUUCACCAAUAUUCAAGGUCGAUAUCAUCGAGGAGAUAACAUACAAUUUGAUGUUGAGGGAGUGCAAGAAUCCAAUUGCAAUGAUGGCGAUUGGAUCGGAUUAUUCAAGGUUGGAUGGAAAUCAGAAGAAGAUUGCUUGCUGCGUCAAUAUGUCGGCACUGAUUGCUCCAAUGAUACGCAUAUCAACAAAUAUGUAUUACCAAUCCCACAAGAAAUUACCACUGAAAGUACUUAUCAACUGUGCUAUAUGAAUCAUAAAAAUCGAUUGGUUGCAGUAAGUCGUAGCUUCACUAUCCUUCCUCUUGAACUGGAUGAAGCCGAUAAUGAUUAUGACUGGCUGGACUUGUUCAAUGUUCAAGGCGAUGUAGUAGUUGUCAGUAGACAGAAUAACAAUGAAACUAUACCGACAUCAUUUGAAGAUUUGAUAGCUGCUAAUAUGACAUUGGAGAGUCAAUUAUCUAGUAUGAAAAUUGAAAAAGACGCGCUUGAUACUUUACUGGCAGAAAGCAAGCAAUCUGUAAACAUGUUAAAGAGUCAAGUAGAGCAAGUACGAGCGGAUAAUCAAGCCAAAGCACAACGGAUUGAUGAAUUAGAACUAGAGCAAGAGAAGAUGGCUAUCAAUUUAUCCUCCUACGAAGAUCGUUUAACAUCAGCAUUAGAUAAACUUUCCGAAAGUGAGCAAAUGAAAGGCCAAUAUUCCCUUACAGUAGAUAAUGCAUCACUGGAAAACCAACAACUAAAAGCAAUGAUUACAAAUCUGCAAGAGAUUAUCGAAAAUAAUACUACCGAGAUAGCUACCAUCAAAGAUAUGCUAAAUCAAUCCAAUGAUGAUUUACAAAAUGCCCACGUAAGAAACGACGAACUUAAAGAUGUAAUUAGUCAUCUAGAGAGUUUGAUGGAAUCAUCACAAGCCAACGAUACCUUAGUCAAGGAUUCAUUAAUAGGCAGUAUAAAUAUCUUGAGACGGAAGGAUGACCAUGAAGAAGCUGAGAAUUUCGAUAGUCGUACGUUGCUUGAUUGCGCUCAAGUAAUAGAAUUAGAAGUUAAGAAAUGCACUGAUGCGUUGACUAUAGAAAAGAAUCAUAAUAGUGACUUUGAAGAGAUUAUUAGAAUACUCCAGGAAGAAUCGAAAAGUUAUCAAGAUGAAAUUGAAAGGUUAAGCCGUGAACUACGCCAUAAAGAGAGAGAAGAAAAGACUUGCGCUAAAAAUUCGACAAUGGCGCUGUAUGUUGCUCACGAACAUUUAGAAGAACAACAUGUGGAUGCAGUGAAAAAAGGAAAAGCUUUGUAUCGACGAUUAUCGGAUUCCCAAACCAAUCUGAAAUUCGCAGUUGAGUUAAAUACUAACCUAAAACGGCAGGUUGCAGAUUUAUACGCUAGGUUAGAUAUGAGUAAAGAAGCCUACAAAGACAAAGUCAUUGAAUGCUAUCGACUUCAAAAUGAAAUCAAAAUUGCCAAAGAUAAAGCUAAUAUGGGUAACCAAUAUUAUCCCCUGCAAGAUGAUGAAACGAUGGCUAAAAGGGAAUUACAAGCAAAAAAGGAAGAGUUAAUGAAAGAAUUGUCCACUAAAAAUGCACAAAUACAGAUACUGUGCGAAACACGGGCGAGUUCGGAACAAGAAAUGAAUCUGAUGAUUCAAGAACUAGCUGCAUGUCAUGAUUCCUUGGAACAAAAGCAAAGUGAAAUUGAUUCAUUAAAGGCAAAAAUGCUCCAUUCUGCCGUUCAUUAA